UCUCUGACUGUCCUAACCAAAGCGACCGUCCCCUUGGGAAGGGUGACGUCUCCACAGUAACGUGAUUGCUUCUUCGGAAGCAGAAACGUGUAAACGCUAUAAAACGCGGCAGCACGGUGGGCAGCUCAGAGCGUGUGGCGAGACGGAGCUCUCCUCUGCUUCCUCCUCCUCCUCAUCCGCCACUUGCUGCCGCCGACGCCCCAGAGCAGCUCAGCCCCGCAGCGGGGCAGGGCGCAGGCCCCCAACAGCGCUCCGCUCCGCUCUGCUCCGAGCUCGCCCAGCCAGCCCCAUCGACAGACUCGCGGCUCCGUGGCAGUCAUGGAGCACCGCGGCACCUCCCCGCUUCUUCUCGCCCUCGCCCUCCUUAGCGCCCUCUGCUGGCGGGCGCGGGCUCUGCCCCCGCGAGGAGCCGCCUUCCCUCCCGUCCCUCGAUUGGGAAACAGAAUGCCAUUUGAUGGAGCCAGUGAACCUAACCAUGCCCACGGGUCAUUAAAGUCUGAAUCAGACAUUUUGCAGAACACACUACCUGAAAACGAGAAAUUCUAUUUUGAUCUGUCUAGAAUUAUUGAUAGCUCCCAGGACAGUCCUGUCAAACGCCAUUCUGAUGCUGUCUUCACUGACAACUACAGCCGCUUUCGAAAGCAAAUGGCUGUGAAGAAAUACUUAAAUUCAGUUUUAACUGGAAAAAGAAGCCAAGAAGAGCUAAACCCUUCUAAACUUCGAGACGAAGCAGAACUUCUUGAACCUUCCUUUUCAGAAAGCUACGAUUCUGUAGAUGAGCUGCUGAGCCACCUCCCGCUGGACCUCUGAAGGACACCUGGUAAAGUCUAUGACAAGAACAAGCUAUUUUUGAGUUCCACAUAGUAUUUCAAAGAGAUGACUUUAGUCAUCAAACCAGAACAAAUAUGUUGUGAAGUGAAAGUUGUGAUAUAUUUGUUUCUUAUGUAAUAAAAGUUGAUAUUUACAUUGUAAAUACUAGAGUUCUCUACUGAAAGCUGUACAUAUGGAUGCCAGUUUAACUCAUGAGAAGUCUGUGAGUCCAUAUGCUGUAAAUCCUUCAAUAAAUUCAUUUGAAAAUGA